CAUGGAGCCAGUGGUGGCCCCUGGGCAAGAGCGCUCGGCUGGGACAGAGGCACGCAGGAGGCAGAAACCACCCAACACGACCCUGAAGCGAGUGGUGGUCGCGCUGCUGCCCGCCCCGUGCAGCCGGUUCCUCUGGAGUCAGCCAGACCAGUACCGCACCAACAAGUUUUUCCUGGGUGCCAGUGUCGGGACCCUCCUUGGCCUCGGGCUCUGCCAGCUCCUCAUCGUCCCCAUGAACAUCACAGAAAUGCGCAAGGUGCAGCUUUCCUAUGGGCUAGCGGGGGUGACUGCCUUGGGCUGGGCCACAUCCCCCCACUUUCGCUGUGCCAGCCUGCUCAUGGCCCCCAAAUUCCUGGGCAAGGAGGGUCGGGUCUACGUCCUCUCCUUUGUCCUCGCCGCCAUCUACAACGGGCCUGUGGCCAACAUCUGGCACAACCUGGAGGAGGUGACGCGCUCGCUGGGCUGCGUGGCAGAGCUGCAGGUCAACCACAGCCGUCAGCUCUGGCAGGUGUCGACAGCCCCCCUGCGCAGAGUGAUGGAGGACAUGGCGCGGAGUGGGCAGACGCUGAGCACCGAGAUGCAGAACAUCUCACGCACCUUCGUGGGGCUGAAUGAGGAGGUGGCCAGCAGGGAGGGGUAUGACCUGCAGCAGCGCCGGCACCCAGACCCCCAGCUGGCCCCCAGCACCCAACAGCUGUAUGAGAUGAAGACCAAACUACGCUGCACCUAUGUGAUCGAGUUGGGCAUGCAGCGCUGCUGGGACUGGUUCAGCGCCAAGCAUGAUGCUUGCAUGGCAAGAGUGGUUGUGCCCCUCAUCAGCCACCUCCUCUGCCUGCCCAUGAAAUUCAAGCUCCUCUGCCACAUCAUCAAGGUCACGCACAGCUGGUGCUGGGACAAGAUCCCGGUGGAGGGCAACUUUGGGCAGAUGUACGACCUGGUGAACAACUCCAUCAGCAACCUCAGCCAGGAAUUCAGUGCCAGCGUCGUCUUCCAGGUGGGUGUCUGAACCCUCUGCCCAGGGCCAGGGCGGGGGCCGGAUCCCGCCAGCCCCACGGUCCCUGUGCUGCAGGAGGAACACCACGACAUGCUGCUGGGUGCCAACGUGUCAGUGGAGCAGCUGAUGGAGGAGGUGACCUCACGCCUGCAGCAGCACGGUGCCCACCUGGGCCAGGCCAUCUCCUUCUUCCGCCUGCUGCUCUCCUGCACCUUCCUCCUCGUCUUCAUCUCGGCUUUCUCCUACACCAAGAAGUACUGCCAGGACAUCUGCUUCGACAACCUCUACGUCACCACCUACUUCCGCCAAAUCGAUGCCCGCCGCAGAAAGCAGCACAAGCGGACGCUGCUGCCCCUGCGCCGGGCAGAGGUCUCAGCUGUCAUCUUCCCAUGCCGCUUGGCCAUGCAGCCGCCUGAGCUGCAGAGCAUGGUGCUGGAGCUGCUGGAGUGCAUCCCACCCCUGCUCCUCCUCCUCCUUGCCUGCGGCCUGGACCACGCACUCUUCACCAUGCUCAGCAUCAUCCAGCAGCACUCCUUCGUGCAGUACUCCUUCCACAGCAGCCACCACUUGGCCGUGCAGGUGACGGGCACAUCCCUGAUGGCUCGGCUCCUGCGGAACACUAUCGGGGCCCUCAACACCUCCUCCGACACCCAGCUGGAGACGUCCAACCUCGCCUGCCUGCCGCAGCCCCGGGGCAUGAUGAGGCAGCAGUACGUGGGUAGCUGCCUGCCCCUGGCCGUGCUGGUGCUGCUCUGCCUGGCCCAGGUCUACACGUACCGCCUGCGCCGCGCCAUCUCUGCCUUCUACUUCCCCAAGGUGAGCGGCAGCCCCAGCACCAGCCGAGGGCCUGGCACAGCCCGGCUCGGCCCGGGGGGGCAAUUUUUGGGGUGGGCUGGUGCCCCUGGCCCCCCUUCAUGGUCUUUGCUGGGGCAGCGGGAGAAGAGCCGCGUGCUCUACUUCUACAACAAGCUGCUGCAGCAGCGGCAGAGCUUCGUCCACCGGCAGCGGAAGCGCAUCGCCCAGCGGGCACGGCAGCAUCCGGGACUGGUGAGCAGGGAUGGGGACGUGGGGCUGGGACCGCACCGGGGUGCCAGGGCAGGGGCGCUUCACUGUCCCCUGAUCCCAGGUCUGUUCCCCUGUGGGGCAGCCGCUUGGCCCGACCCCCACACAGUCCUGGCCCCACCACAGGGGACGUUGCUGCUGGAGUGGUGCUGCCAGCGCUGGCCACAACUGUGCCGCUGGAUGCGCCAGAGCUGUACAGUGUGUGGGGUGCCCGUGACCCCCCAGGACCGGGUCUGCCCCAUGCCUGCCUGUGAUGCCCAGUACUGCAGGCUGUGCUGGAGGGAGGUGGGUGGCGUGUGCCUCGCCUGCACCCCUGGGGACCCCAGCCUCACCCAGGACAGCAGCGACGAGGAUGCGGGGUAUGCAGCCUGAGGGCGCCUGGCAAUAAAGGCUGUGACUCCCCCUUGCA